CCUUCUCUUCCGCUGCUUCCAUCAAUGGCGGAUCAGCUCAGCUUUUUUAAGCUAUGCUCUCCCACCCACCCUCUGCUGCGUUGUGCGGUGCUAAGAAGAAAGCUCCAAAACCUCGAAAACGACAUCCCCCAUUGUCGUUUCCACUGGGCCCUUUCCUCCACUUGCUCUUUUACUCUUCACUCUUCACUCUUCUGCUGCCACUCCCAUCUCAUCACACACGCUCUCUCUCUCAAUCAUGGCAGCAGCUCGCCAGAGUCUUCCUUGCAGUGGAGUUCAGCAAUGAGAGAAGUCCUCUCCUCUGCACUUUGGAAUUUCCUGCUCCCACAGUGCCGAUGGCUACUCUUCCCACGCCGAUUGCGACUAGGCCCUGCUGUCUCCACUGUGGAACAACUGAUGCAUCGAAACUGGUCUCAUCCUCUCAUUACAGCUAUAGGACCAAGCUCCCACAGUCCUUUGAGAGAGUGGAUACAAAGCAGAAGCUAAUACACCGAGGAUCUGUGCAAGAUCUUGUCUGUUCUCCUCAUAGGAAUCUGUUGAAAGUCUCUGCAAUGACAGGGGUUUCUGUUGAGGACGUUGAUCAGACAUAUACUCUUGUUACUCACAAACUAGAGAAGGGAUCAUCAUAUCUGUUCAGGACAGAAGUUGGCGGGCAAGUGAAGGUUUCCGUUACACAGAAAAAUGCCAAAUAUCCAGUCUUCAUUGAGGUCUCGUCCCUGCGGUUACCUAGCAGUACUGAUAGGCUUAUUCUUGCUUGGGGUGUGUAUAGAUCCGAUUCAACAUGCACCCAAACACUAGACUUUGGAAGCCUGGCUCCAGAUGCAGAACCUUUAGUGCGCGAGAACCCACUUGAUCAAAUUUCAGAUAGUGAAUAUGCCCUAGAACUCGAGUUCGACAGGAAGCAAAUUCCCUUCUUUCUCUCAUUUCUACUGAAAUCUUCAAGUGGCUUAGAAAUUAGAAGUCACACACAUAUGAAAUUUUGCAUCCCAGUUGGCCUGGGUCGUGGCAGGCCAUCUCCAUUGGGUCUCUCCUUCCCUGCUGGUGGUUCAAUUAGUUUUGCUGUUUUUUCAAGAAAUGCAGAAGGCGUAGUGCUCUGCCUGUACGAUGAUGCUUCAGCAGACCAACCUACUCUGGAACUGGAUCUCGAUCCUUAUGUGAACCGCACAGGUGACAUCUGGCAUGUCUCGCUGGAAAACCCUGGGAAUUUUACAGCUUAUGGGUACCGAUUCAGAGGGAGAAAUAAUGACCAUUUUGAUAAAGGUCGUAUUAUCCUCGACCCCUAUGCGAAGAUCAUUGAGAAACCGAAGAAUCCUGGUGCUGCUGCUUUAACAUCAUAUCGUUGCCUUGGAUUAUUGAGCCAGGUGAAGCCUUUUAACUGGGCAGGCGAUGUCCGUCCAAACUUAUCGAUGGAGAGGCUGAUGGUCUAUCGGUUGAACGUGAAGCGCUUCACCGAACAUAAGUCAAGUCAGCUCCCUGCUGAUAUAGCCGGGACUUUUUCAGGCUUGGCUGAAAAGAUAGAUCAUUUUAAAGAUCUUGGUGUGAAUGCAGUUUUGAUGGAACCAAUAUUCCCUCGUGAUGAACAGAAAGGUUCCUAUAUGCCUUUUCAUUUCUUCUCGCCAAUGAGCAUCUAUGGACCCUCCAGUAACCAAAUUUCUGUAAUAAACUCAUUGAAGGAUGCUGUGAAGAGAUUGCACUCCAGUGGAAUAGAGGUCUUCCUUGAGGUUGUGUUUACCGAAACCGCUGAUUCUGGGGCACUUCAAGGCAUCGAUGACCCAUCCUACUAUCAUCUGAGUGGACCUGUUAAAAUGAGAAGAGCUCUGAACUGUAAUUACCCGAUAGUCCAGCAGUUUAUCUUAGACAGUCUUCGGCACUGGGUGAUUGAGUUUCACAUUGAUGGAUUCUGUUUCAUGAAUGCUUCGUCUCUGUUAAGAGGUUUCCAUGGCGAAUCCUUGUCUCGGCCUCCUCUGGUAGAAGCAAUCGCAUUUGAUCCGAUCCUCUCGAGGACGAAGAUCAUAGCAGAUAGCUGGGACCCAAUCAAUGCGGCUCAGAAGGACGUAGAAUUUCCUCACUGGAAGAGAUGGGCAGAAAUGAACUCAAAAUUCUGCAUCGAUAUUAGAAAUUUCUUGAGGGGUGGGGGACUCUUAAGUGACUUAGCCACGAGAUUGUGCGGGAACGGAGACUUGUUUUUCGAUGGCCGUGGUCCUGCAUUCUCCUUCAACUUCAUUGCUCGGAAUUUUGGGCUUUCUCUUGUUGAUCUAGUUAGCUUCAGCAAAGGUGAGCUUGCAACGGAAUUCAGUUGGAACUGCGGAGAGGAAGGGCCAACCAAUAAAAUUGCUGUCCUUGAGAGAAGGCUUAAACAGAUUCGGAACUUCCUCUUCAUCUUAUACCUUUCACUUGGUGUUCCUGUCCUUAAUAUGGGGGACGAGUGCGGUCACUCUGCUGGUGGGUCCCCUACUUACGGAGCUAGAAAGCCCUUUGAUUGGACUACUCUGAAAGCAGGUUUCGGGAUGCAAACGAGCCAAUUCAUCUCCUUCCUAAGCUCCUUCAGGCGAAGGCGAGGUGAUCUCCUUCAAAAUAGAAACUUCCUGAAAGAAGAGAGUAUCAACUGGCAUGGAAGUGAUCAGGCUCCUCCAAAGUGGGGUGAUCCAACUAGCAGAUUCCUCGCCGUGAAUCUGAAACCAGAACAAGACACGAAGACAAGCCUGGAAGGGCCCAAAACUUCUGAAGGACCGGGGGACCUGUUCAUUGCAUUUAACGGGGCUGACCAAGCUGAGAGGGUCAUCCUCCCUCCUUCCCCAAAGGGGAUGGGCUGGAAUCGCUUGGUGGACACGGCUUUGCAUUAUCCUGGUUUCUUCUUAGUGGAAGGUGAGCCGGUGAUAGAGCAAAUGGCGGGAUUGGUUUCUUAUGAGAUGAAGUCUCACAGUUGUGCCCUGUUUGAAGCCACAGCUCUCACAGGCUGAUUUCUCUCCCCUAUGAAAAUUUUUGUCACUGAAAAUGGCAAAAAGCUUCUGUUGUUAUAUAUAGUUACCAGCAACUGAUACAAGCGUAGAGGUCACUGUCCUUGUACAAAUCAAUUUACACUGCAAUAAAUUGGCUGUCUGAUUUUCCUUUCUUAAUUAUAA